UACGUAAGGCAAAACUGACUAAUUCGAAGAUAUCUGACUGAUUUUGCCCAUCUUAGUUACCGCACCCUAUUUAUUAUUUUAUAUCUAUAUAGUUGAAUAAUAAACUUUAUAUAAUAAAAAUGGGAGACCAUUUACCAGCUUGUGUUAUCGAUGUCGGCACCGGGUAUACUAAACUGGGUUUUGCCGGUAACAAGGAACCACAGUUUAUUAUUCCGUCAACCAUAGCGAUAAAAGAAACUGCAAAAGUUGGCGAUCAGAGUACUCGGAGGAUGACUAAGGCUGUCGAAGAUUUGGAUUUUUUCAUCGGUGAUGAAGCUUUUGAAGCCACAGGAUACUCUGUAAAGUAUCCUGUGCGCCACGGUAUCGUAGAAGACUGGGAUUUAAUGGAAAGGUACAUCGAACAGUGCGUGUUUAAGUAUCUUCGUGCGGAACCCGAAGAUCAUCAUUUCUUGAUGACCGAACCUCCGCUCAACACUCCAGAAAACAGAGAAUAUUUAGCCGAAAUCAUGUUUGAGUCAUUUAAUGUGCCAGGCCUUUACAUUGCUGUACAAGCCGUUCUUGCUUUGGCUGCGUCAUGGAAGUCACGUACGUCUGCUGAACGCACCUUCACUGGCAUCGUAGUAGACAGUGGAGAUGGUGUCACUCACAUUGUUCCAGUUGCGGAAGGUUAUGUUAUUGGAUCAUGUAUAAAACACAUCCCUAUUGCUGGUAGAAACAUUACUUCAUUUAUUCAAUCGCUACUUCGUGAAAGAGAGGUUGGAAUCCCUCCUGAGCAAAGUUUGGAAACUGCCAAAGCUAUUAAAGAAAAAUACAGUUAUAUCUGUCCUGACAUUGCUAAAGAAUUUGCAAAAUAUGAUAGUGAUCCAGGUAAAUGGAUGAAAAAGUACACAGGGAUCAAUGCUAUCACUAAAAACCCAUUUACAGUCGAUGUUGGCUACGAGCGAUUCUUAGGACCUGAGAUUUUCUUCCAUCCUGAAUUUUCAAAUGCUGAUUUCACUGUACCUUUGAAUGAGAUGGUUGAUGAAGUGAUUCAGUCAUGCCCCAUUGAUGUUAGACGAGGAUUGUAUGGAAACAUUGUGUUGUCUGGUGGCUCGACUAUGUUCCGUGACUUUGGCAGAAGGUUACAACGUGAUAUCAAGAGGGCUGUUGAUGCAAGAUUGAAGCUUUCGACUAUGUUAUCUGAAGGUCGGAUUACCCCUAAACCGAUUGAUGUACAAGUCGUGUCUCAUAACAUGCAGAGAUAUGCUGUGUGGUUCGGAGGCAGUAUGCUUGCAUCAACACCAGAGUUCUACCAAGUCUGCCAUACUAAACAGGCAUACAUGGAGUAUGGUCCUAGUAUUUGCAGACACAACCCUGUUUUUGGUACCAUGACAUAAACAACCUUCCAGUAUUAAAUUACUAAUGAUGUCUACUUAGACUGUCGUAUAAAAUAAUGAAUUUGUAGAAGAAAAUAAUUAUGUAUAAUAUGAAUAUUGUUUUAAUAAUGACAUAGAUGCACACAAUCCUCUCUUAUAACUUUUAAUUUAGAUUUAUAUUUUUAUUAUUAUCAAACAUGUCAAAAAUAUAUGGAAUGUGUAUUUUAAUAUACUUACAGAAUAUACUUUAUGUAGCUGGAUUUAAAAUGUACAAUAUUAAGCAUUUAACAUUUGCAUU